UAAGAGAGCGUUGCGUCUGUCAGGAGCUCCAAAGGAGCUAACAGUAAUUCGGGGUUUUGAGAUUACAGCAGAAAAAUACAAAGUACACUAAACAGAUAUUUCAAACUUAGUACCCAUAUUACUGCUAGAGAGCAAGCUGAAACCACUUAUAAUGCUACACUGCAUCAGGUGGUGAGGAUGACCUGGAAAAGCACAAGGCUAUAUUCAGAAUGGGUCCAGAUGUCCCAUUGCUCAAUGAAUACAAGCAGGAAUUCUUUUGGAAGCGUUUUCCACAGACUGUGCUGGGAGGACCUCAGUUCAAACUAGGAUACUGUGCUCCACCUUACAUCUACGUAAAUCAGAUCAUCUUGUUUCUGACACCAUGGGUUUUUGGAGGGGUAGGGACGCUUUUGUACCAGCUGCGUCUCUUGGAGGAUUACUACGCAGCUGUGCUUUCUGGAGUACUAAUGGUGAUAGCUGCUUCAGUCAUCCAGAUCAUGAACUUGUGUGCCAGACGAAGAACCGUUACCGUAGAAAGACUCCAGACUCAAAAUAUUCUCACAGAUGAAGAGGAAUUUGAAUUUGCCAGCUGUGCUGGCUCUGAGACAAUCAAAUUUAUUAUUCCCGGAAAGAAGUUUAUCGUCAACGCAAUAUUUCACACAGUUCUUGCUGGGGCGCUGUGUGGGUUGGGGACAUGGUAUUUAUUACUCAAUAGAUUGAGUUCUUUGUACAACAACACAGGGGCUGCUGUCAUGAUCUUUGUGUUUGGAUGGGUGACCCUGUGCAUUGGUGAAUAUUCAUUAAUUAUCAAUACAGCUACAGAGACUGCUACAUUCCAAGCACAAGACACUUAUGAGAUAACCCCACUCACUAGACCUUUGUAUAUAUUUGCCUUCAUUGCAGUGGAUCUUGCAGACAGAUUUAAUGCCACAAUCCCAGACCUACAACAAGCAAACCAGGCUUUGCACAUCAUCUUUUUGUUUCUUCCACUUCUCUGGGCCCUUGGCAUCCUCUCUCCAGUUGAUGCAGUGUUCCUCUGGGGCAUGGAACAGACCUUGGUAUUUGGACUUGGAGGUUCAGCAAUGGCCACAAACAUCAGGUUGGUGGUGAUGUUUCUUGUUUCUGUCGGAGUGGCUAUAGGGACCUAUUUCAUUCCCAGCUCUCUUGGGGUCGUUCUUUUCACAACUGGAAUGGGGUUCAUUCUGAGCCUUGACUUCAGCCAGGUGCAGCUCAUGUUCCAGUCCUGCUGCAGAAGCCCCGAUGCCCAGGCUGACCUCAGAGACAUGCCCUGUAGUCUGGGCUGGAGGCUGGGUUGGAAGGAGUUCUUCAUUUACCUGACUAUCCUUCUGGCAGCUCUUGCAGAAGCUGCUCUCCUGCAUCACUUUGGAACAAUUUCAGAAACAUCUGCAACCAGCCCACAAGCCAUCGUCAGCUAUAUCCUCAUAUCACUCCUCAUUGUUUCAUGGAUUUUACGAGAAGUUCAAGGUGCAUACAUCUUCUGUGGGGUCUUUCGAAACCCUUUCUACCCUCAACAGAUAAGAAAUUUGAAAGUUUUUAAACAAAAGCAAAGUGCGCUUAUGAAGGCUGGUAUUGUGAGAAGACUUUUAAUUAAUCUAGUGUCUCCUUUUACCAUGAUUGGAUUUCUUGCAAUGGAUAUCUCACUGCAGGGUCUUCACACAGCUACCCUUUGCAUUGGAUUCACUAGAGCUUUCAGAACAUUGUGGCAGAACACAGAGCAUGCUUUAUUGGAGAUGGUGGUGAUCGCUAUUGUGCGUCUGGCGGCUUUAAAGAGUUAUCUAGUAUGGUGGAACAGCUUGGGAACUGGAAUCCAACUACUAUUGGUUGGCAUUAUUUGGGAUCGCCUUACUCAGUUUUUUUCCAAGCUCAAGUUUGCCUUGACUGUCCUCAUAUCAUCCUGGACAGAGAAGAAACAGAGACGGAAGUCCACUGCCACACAUAUCAUGAUCAAUGCAGUGCUCUUUCCCAUGCUGCUGGCUGUCAUCGCCCUGUCAGCCGUGCUUUCCGCUCCGCUGCUCCCUCUUUUCACCCUGCCGGUCUUCUUAGUGGGUUUCCCCAGACCGGUCAGGAGCUGGCCGGGCACCGUGGGGGCAGCCGCCUGCAUGUGCCCUGAUUCGGUGUAUUACCAGCAGAUGUUGUGGAGCCUGACAGAGGCUUUCCAAACUGCGUUUGCAACUGGAAGUUUGGGUGUCCCGUCUCCUGGGACUCACUUCCUUUGCCGGUUUCAGGACCGAGUCAUGUGGGUCAUGGUUCUGGAGAGAGGUUUUAGCUACUGUUCUCUUAAUAUUAAGGGGUUAGAGCUACAAGAGACCUCUUGUCACACUGCUGAAGCUCGGAAAGUGGACGAGCUGUUUGAAAUGGCCUUUGAGCAGGAGGAGAAAUCGACCGUGAACCACCAUUUCAGCAACAUCUUAACCCCCUGCGCUGCUCUGCCUGUGCACCUCUAUUCAGAUGCUAGGAGUGUACUGACUGGCAUCAUUGACUCCCAUGACAACUUGAAACAAAUGAAGGAUGAUUUUGUUAAAAUUUUGUUUUGGGUGCUCCUGCAGUAUUGCUCUAAAAAAAGCAAAACACUUGAAGGAACUGUACCAGAGGACACGAGAGGGGCAAAACCAGCCCAGGUUGUAGCAGAACAGUUUGUAGAGGUCAACGUCGCCACAAUAAAAAGCAUCAUAAGGAAUACUCCAAGUUUAAAUUCAGAGACCUUUGAUGAUUGGUCAGAUGAUGACGAUUUGUUUGGCCCUGAGCCAACCAAGAAAAAAACAGGUAUAAAUAAUCCAGUCCCAAAACAGGCGUUGGCAACUCUUCCUGGCUCUGUUGAAAUGCAGAGCUCUUUCUAUGAGUCUUUCAAUGUGACGUCAACAGACAAAGCACGGCAGGCACUUGGAUUCGGACUCCCAGCAAUAGACAAGGGAAGGGAAUUAGAAAGACUGAGCGAGGCUGAGGCUGUGCCAAUGGUUAUCUUCAGUUCUUCUCAUUCUAAGCAGCUAAAUGUACCGCAGGAGUGGAGAUCAAGUGCUCUCCCAGGCGCCAGGAUGCAGCAGUUAACAAAGCUUUUCCCUGAAGGCUGGUACAAGUCUGUCCUGAGUCAGCUGGACAUUGCCAAUAUGGAAGAAAGGCCCUCUGAUAUACUGGAAGGAGUCCUGAAUGAUGGAGCCUUGAUGGACCUCUACGCCCAUGUGGUGAUGACUUGCUAUGGGGUGACACUAGGAGCUGAAUCUACUGUCUUAAGCCCCAGUUAUGUCUACAAAGUAUACUGUGGCGAUGUUCCAUGGACAGUGGGGUUGGAUUGGCUGACAGGAAAACCAGAGCUAUUUCAGCUUGUUUUAAAAGCCUUCAGAUACACCUUCAAAUUGAUGUUUGAUAAAGCUAGCCUGGGUCUGGUGGAGGAUUUCAGCGAGCUGGCUAACUAUCUAGAGGAGUAUGAAAGGGACUGGUACAUUGGGAGGGCGUCUGAUGCCAGGUGGCAACAGGCUGUGCUGCAAAAAAAGCCAUAUCUUUUCUCACUGGGCCACGAUCCCACCAUGGGCACCUAUAAAGGACGUGUGCUCACUCUACAGGAAUGGUUAGUCCAUGUGGGAAAGUUAAAUUCCGAAGGAAUCCGGGGACAGUGGGCUAAUCUAUCCUGGGAGCUCCUUUACGCCACCAAUGAUGACGAGGAACGAUACAGUAUCCAAGCGCAUCCUGUGCUGCUCCGAAACCUCACGGUGCAGGCAGCAGACCCUCCACUGGGCUAUCCCAUUUAUUCCUCGACACCUCUUCAUGUGCCCUUGUUCUGACUUGUGACAAAGAUAAGGCUUUAUUCUUUCAGCUGUUUAAGAACAGUAUAGUGAAAUUUGUGAUUGAACAUUCCAGUCAGUCUUUCUAAAUGCAUAUCACACUCUGAGACUGAUUGGUCAGUCUGGAGAUACAGCCCCAGAUGUGUUCAUUUUAGAAAAGACACAAACUAAAUUAACAAGUAUGAGGCAAAAAUCUCCAGUAUUUUAUAUUUAAGUAAAAUGACAUAUGUGAGAUCUGACAGUGUGGUGUUAUUGUGCUAAAACACUAAUUUUUUAAACAGCCUGGUAAACUCAUGUUUCUUAUUUAACAGGAAUACAAGUACUGUAUUAGAUUUUUAAAACUGAAAUAGGUUAGUUUUCUGUGUUUUAAAUAUAUUCUUACAUGAAAUGCUGGUAUUAGAAUGUUCACAAGAUAUAAAUAUUUAGGAUGGAAACAUGGCUUGAUAAACAUAACUUGAACCAAAAAAGGUGGGGCUCAACUGAUGGCCUUCUUGUAAAAUAUUACAAACAACCUCUCUUGCUAAACUUUCUUGUUCCAACUGUUGUUAACAACAUAUAAAACAUGUAAUUUGCUUGUAUCCGUUAAAAAGCAUAGUUUAAAUAACUCCCAACUCUUAAAGGGUGGAGCUCAGGAUUAUUGUGCACCUUUAUAAGUGGGUCAAGUCAUGUUUAACAGCCAGUAAUUCCAGAGUUUUCCAAUUCAUAUACUGUGUGUGUGUGUGUGUGUGUGUGUGUG